AGGGUAAAACGGUCACUGAGUCGUCUAUAAGGAGCUUUUGGGGCUGGUUUCUCUGCAAAAUCAGGGAAUCAGCGGUUUCUGGGGGUGGUCGUCGAUCCGCUCUAGAGCCGUCCCCGCCGGUUCAAGCGUCUCCUGCGAAACCCUAAUUUUCCUCUCAGCCGCAUCUCAUGGCGUCAAAGCGUAUAUUGAAGGAACUCAAGGAUUUGCAGAAGGAUCCUCCGACAUCUUGCAGUGCUGGUCCUGUUGCAGAAGAUAUGUUUCAUUGGCAAGCAACGAUUAUGGGCCCUCCCGAUAGCCCAUAUGCAGGAGGUGUUUUCCUUGUUAGCAUUCAUUUUCCUCCUGAUUACCCUUUCAAGCCACCCAAGGUAGCAUUUAGGACAAAGGUCUUCCACCCAAACAUCAAUAGCAAUGGAAGCAUUUGUUUGGAUAUUCUUAAAGAACAAUGGAGCCCAGCUCUCACAAUCUCGAAGGUGCUGCUCUCUAUCUGCUCCCUUUUAACGGACCCAAACCCUGAUGAUCCACUCGUACCGGAGAUUGCUCACAUGUACAAGUCUGACCGGCAUAAGUAUGAGACAACCGCUCGGAGCUGGACACAGAAGUAUGCCAUGGGAUGAGGACAAAACACAAGGAAUGAAAGUUUGAAUUGUGUGUAAAACCAUUGAUUCUGUCUGUUGUCCAAAAAAACAAGGUUUGAUAUGAAAUACCCUUUGCACUUGCUUUCUAUGAAAUUGACCUCUAGAGACUUGAAAAGGGGGGAAAUAACUGUAUUUAUAGGAUGUUGUUGUGGUUUCCAUAGUUUUCCUGUUGAUGAUUCUGUUUAAAGUUCA